AUGGCAAUAGAAGACUAUGAGAAGAAGGGCCAGCAUGGAACCGACUUAGCCAGUACUGCGAGCGCUGACAUCGUUCCCAUUGACAUGUCUGAGCAUGGUACAAUGAAGCGUGCAUUGAAGCCGCGCCAUUCGCAGAUGAUAGCCCUAGGAGGCUGCGUCGGAACGGGCCUUUUCGUUGGCACCGGGGCGACGUUGGCUUUGGGCGGACCAGCCUUCCUGCUCACUGCUUUCAUUGUUCUAAUCUUUUUGGUUUAUAUCAUUGUGACGGCAAUUGUCGAGAUGGUGGCCUAUCUUCCAGUCGGUGGUGCUUCACUGUCGUACUACGGCACUCGGUACGUCUCUAAAAGUCUGGGCUUUGCGAUGGGAUGGCUCUAUGUCUAUUCUUUGGGCAUCCUGGUUCCGUAUGAAAUCACGGCAGGUGCCUUGGUCAUCGACUACUGGGAUAGCCCGGUCAAUGUAGCAGUCUGGAUCACCGUCUUUAUGGUCCUCAUAGUCGGCCUGAAUUUGCUACCUGUGGAAUACUACGGCGAGUCAGAGUUCUGGUUUUCGACCAUCAAGGUCUUCACAAUUAUUGGGCUGUUGAUCCUCUCAAUUGUGCUGUUCUGGGGAGGAGGGCCUAAACAGUCCGGCAUCCUGGGCUUCCACUACUGGAAGGACCCCGGUCCUAUAAACACUUGGCUGGUCGAUGGAGCAGGUGGCAGGCUCGUGGCAUUUGUUCGGACCCUUGUCCUGAGCGCGUUCCCUUUUACAUUUAGCCCAGAGCUACUUAUUGCCACAAGCGGAGAGAUGCAGAAUCCUCGAAAGGACCUCGGAAAAGCCGCCAACCGCUUCGUUCUUCGUCUAAUUGUGUUUUACCUUGGCACUGUCCUGGCAAUUGGCGUUAUUUGUCCUUCCAACGACAAAGACCUCGUCAGCAGUGGCAGCAAUGCAAAGGCCUCCGCUUUUGUCGUUGGGAUCAAGCAUGCCGGGAUCCAUGGCCUUGGAAGUGUUGUUAACGCCGCAAUCCUCACGACUGCCUGGUCCGCUGGCAACGCAUAUCUAUAUAUGAGCUCACGAGCUCUUUACGCUCUGGCAAUUUCUGGCCAAGCACCCAAGAUCUUCCUUCGCUGUACCAAUAGAGGAGUGCCCUACGCUGCAGUUCUAGCAUGCAGCUCCUUCGGUGUCCUGGCCUACCUCAACUGCGCUAGCAGCAGCUCUACCGUUUUUACCUGGUUCGUCAAUAUCACCAACACCUCUGCUUUUAUCUCUUGGGUGUGCUGCUGCAUCGUGUACCUACGCUUCCGAUCCGCCUACAAUACGCAGGGCAAACCCGAGCUUCCCUACCGCAGCUGGACCCAGCCGUAUGGUGCAUGGUUUGCUUUAUUCUUCUUUAUUCUUCUAACCCUUAUAAAUGGCUUUAAUGUCUUCUUCCCGGGACAGCUUUCGGCAUCGAGCUUUUUCACGGCUUACAUCGGCAUUCCUGCAUUUAUGGUCACCUACGCCGGUCAUAAGCUGUUGAAGGGGCGAUCUGAUCCGUUGUGGAUCACUUCUGAUGAGAUUAAUAUUUGGGAAGGCUUGGAAAAUGUACAUUAG